AUGGCCCGCUCCUCCUCGCUGCUGAUCUCCUGCGCCGUCGCGGUCGUGGCCGUCGUGUCGGUGGCCUCUCUGGGGCUGAGCUUCGUGGGGACGCCGGCGACGGCGGGCCUGCGUGCUGGCCAGCGCGAGCCCAGCGUGGAGAUGCAGUUCUUCGGCGGGUCGCCGUCGCCGGCACCGUCGCGUCCGUCGUCGGCGGGAGGAGACUGGCGCGCCAAGGCCCGGGCUGACCUCUAUGAGCAGAGCGGAAAUUACGUGGUCUCGUUCUCCAUCGUGUUCCUCUGCUUGUGCGUGCUGAGCGGCAACACUGGCCCAGGGUACUUCGGCAACUUCUUCGACUACAAGCUGUAG